GUAUCGAGGUGGAUCCUUCCAAGGUUUCAGCUGUUCAGAAUUGGUCAGCACCGAGGAGUCCGUCCGAGGUUCGCAGUUUUCUCGGUCUAGCUGGAUACUAUCGCAGGUUCAUUGAGGGCUUUUCCAAGAUUGCCCUCCCUCUAUCCCAGCUGACGAGGAAGUCUGUGAAGUUCGAAUUGACUGACCGAUGUGAGGCGAGCUUUCAGGAGCUCAAGAGGAGAUUAACUUCAGCACGGGUGUUGACUAUUCCCGAUCCUUCUCGGAUCCGCCACAACAUCGUAGGCCAUGGCGUCCAGACCUACGCUCGCGCAGUUGCCAUUGCACAAGAAGUCGAUGCCAGUAUCCGACGUGAAGCCAUCCAGACACCAGCCCAACCAGUUGCUCAGCCACUAGCCCAGCCCAAAGUUGCCCAACCGUCAAAGAACCAGAAGAAGAGGAAGUACAGAAACACUCUUGAUGACCGGAGGACCCGUCCCAGACAAUAUCCAGAAUGCCCAACCUGCGAGAAACACCAUGUGGAGAAUGCCUUGUGGGCCAGAAUGUUUGUUUCUUUUGCCGUCAGCCAGGUCACUUCAGCAGUAACUGUCCAAAACGACUGCAACAACAACCACAACAAC